AACACCAAUAGCAAGCCCUCCUACUUGCAAUAUUUAUUUCUCAUACUCGUCAAACCAUCGUUGGAGCCUAUAUGUGAACUUCCAUUAUCCUAACGAAAACAUUGUGCCAGUCAGCCAGCUACGUGACGUGUAGCAUGUUCUUCUUGGCCAGCUCGACGAGGAUCCAUCAAUGAAUACAGCCGUACUCGUAUAUGGUCGAAUCCAACACCAGGACCCUGGACACAGUGUAUAUUAAAACCUCGGAGAACUCGGGUUACCAACAUCCCGGCAACACGUCUCCUCUCAUUAUCAAUGAUGCCUGCCACAAGCAUUACUGAUUGAUCGACACAUUACACUCACAGGCAUUCAUAUAACAAUUGCCCAUCAUUGACUUUUUGCGACAUUCUUCUUCCCUCAAGGUCAUACUUCCGCUCUUGAUUUCUGCAAGAUACUGCCAAACAUGAGCGAGAAGGUGGAACAAGACAACUCAAGUCAAGAUGAUCAAAAGGAAGCUUCCGAUACUAUUCCUGCAAAGGAGCAGGAGGGAGGCUUUAAAGAUUAUAUUCGUGUCUUCCAUUUCUGCGACAAAUACGACUGGGCAUUAAAUUUUGUCGCCCUUGUUUGCUCCAUCAUCUCAGGUGCUACACUACCUUUGAUGACAAUCAUCUUCGGUUCUUUCACUACCAAAUUCAACAAUUUUGCCGAAGGAAUUACGACUGCCGAUGAUUUUAGGAAUGAUGUCGAUUCCUUCGUCUUAUGGUUCAUCUACCUGUUCAUUGCCAGGUUUGUCGUUACCUAUGUUGCCACUGCAACGAUCACCAUCUCGGCCAUUCGAACCACAAGAGCUCUUCGACAAAAGUUCCUCGAAUGUACCCUUCGACAAGAGGUCUGGCAUUUUGACAAGGCAAAUCAAGGCGCCAUUGCUUCUCAGGUGACAAUGAACGGCAAUCGAAUCCAGUCAGGCAUUGCAGAACGUCUUGCAUUUGUCGCCCAAGCCCUUUCACUGUUCUUCAGCGCCUUCAUAGUCGCCCUGGCCACGCAGUGGAAGCUUGCUCUUAUCACCAUGUCGGUCAUUCCCGUCAUCUUUGGCGUCACUGCUGUCUGUAUCGCCAUUGACGCCGUGCAAGAAGCAAGGAUCGUCAAGAUAUACUCUCGAGCUGCCGUACUCGCCGAAGAAGUUCUGUCUUCGAUUCGCACGGUCAACGCAUUUCAUGCCAAAGAAAAGAUGCUGCGCAAGUACGAUGUCUUUCUCGAACAAGCCCACAAGGAAGGCAAGAAAAAGUCUCCCAACUAUGGUAUCCUCUUUUCUACCGAGUACUUUUGUGUCUACAGCGCCAUUGCCCUCUCCUUCUGGCAAGGCUACAGGAUGUACCAAAGUGGAGAGAUCCAGGAUGUGGGAAAAGUCUUCACAGUGGUUUUGUCUGUCACCAUUGCUGCAACUGCAAUCUCCACUCUCACUCCUCAAUUCACGUCUCUCACCAAUGCUGCAUCUGCCGCUGCUGAGCUCUUCACCGUCAUUGAUAAGGCGACCUUACUAGAUCCUCUUGACCCAGCUGGACAGAAACCUGACACCUGCGAAGGAAACAUCGAGAUUAAGAACUUGAAUUUUGCUUAUCCUUCACGUCCCUCUGCCCAGGUGCUUUAUGAUUUUGGCAUCAAAAUUCCAGCUGGUAAGACGACUGCACUGGUAGGUGCCUCCGGAUCUGGCAAGAGCACCCUCGUUGGCCUGCUGGAGCGUUGGUAUCUUCCGAAAUCGGGCCAGAUUCUCCUUGAUGGCAUCGACCUCCAGGAUUAUAACACCAGGUGGCUAAGAAGCAGGAUCAGACUUGUGCAACAGGAACCUACUCUAUUUAGAGGGACCAUUUUUGCAAAUGUUGCUCGUGGUUUUGUCGAGGAGCAACGUCAAUAUUCCCACGAGACGCAGUUGGAGCUUAUUCGGGCUGCAUGCAAAGCCAGCAAUGCAGACGACUUCAUCAAGGAUCUUCCAAACGGAUAUGACACUGAAGUCGGCGAGAGAGCUGGCACAUUAAGCGGUGGCCAGAGACAGCGCAUCGCCAUUGCCAGAAGUAUCAUCUCAGAUCCCAAGAUACUUCUUCUCGACGAGGCAACCAGUGCUCUCGAUCCAAAGGCAGAAAAGAUUGUGCAAGAUGCAUUGAACCGUGUCUCCAAGAACCGUACGACACUUAUCAUCGCCCACAAGUUGGCCACCGUCAAGAACGCCGACAAUAUCGCCGUCAUCUCGUACGGCAAAAUCGUCGAGCAGGGAACUCACCAAGAGCUCAUUGACCGAGAUGGUCACUACGCUGCCUUAGUACGCGCACAAGACCUUAAUUCCACUGACGAAGAUGACAACAAGGGUCUGAGUUCAGAAAAGGCGGCCUUGGACUCGUCAGGGGAGCGAAUGACCCUCAAGCGCACGGAAACCGCCGCAACUUCCAUGCAUGAGGACGCUGCAAAGCAAAAAGUAGCGUCUGGCACAAUGGGGUAUUCGCUGCUUCGAUGUAUCAUCAUCAUGUUUCGUGAGCAAAAAAAUCUCUACUGGUGUUUUGCGGGUUCAACCCUGGCAUGCCUCAUUGGAGGAGGGACUUUCCCAGCCCAGGCCCUCCUUUUCUCCCGACUUUUGACCAUUUUCCAGGUCACGGGGCAAGAAGCUCAAGACCGAGCAAACUUCUACUCGCUCAUGUUCUUUGUCGUGGCGCUUGCAAACCUGGCUGCCUACUUUGUCAUCGGUUGGCUCUGCAAUAUCAUCGGCCAAGUGGUGACGCACCGAUAUCGAGCAGAGGUGUUCGAACGUGUGUUGCAUCAGGAUGUGGAAUUCUUUGACAAGCCAGAGAACACUUCUGGCGCGCUGACUUCGAAGUUGACUGAUCUACCCACUCAAUUGCAAGAGUUGAUAAGUGCCAACAUCCUCUUGAUUUUUAUUGUCUUGGUCAAUGUGGUCUCCAGCAGUAUCUUGGCAUUGGCAUAUGGAUGGAAGCUGUCCCUGGUGGUAAUCUUCGGCGCCCUACUCCCGUUACUAAUCGCUGGCUAUCUACGCAUCCGUUUGGAAGUGAAGCUGGAGGCCAAGAAUUCGGCGAACUUUGCAGAAAGCGCCGCUCUCGCAAGCGAGGCUGUGUCGGCGAUACGCACGGUGGCAUCUCUCACCCUGGAAUCCCAGAUCCUUGAGGAAUACUCAGCACUGCUCAGCCACGUUGUUCUAAGAUCUACCAAGGCACUUAUGUGGACCAUGCUCUGGUUCUCACUCUCCCAGUCCAUAGAGUUCCUUGCUAUGGCCCUUGGUUUCUGGUACGGCAGUCGCCUGCUUGCAUCGGGAGAGUAUUCCACAGAGCAAUUCUACAUCAUCUUCGUGGGCGUCUUGUUCGCCGGCCAAGCAGCAGGACAAUUCUUCGGCUAUUCGACGAGUUUGACCAAAGCACGGGGAGCAGCCAAUUACAUACUCUGGCUGCGAAGUCUCAAGCCGACUAUUCGAGAGACGGAUGAAAAUCGAGAUAACGGCCCUGAUGGAGAUGGCCCUGUCGACCUUGAAGAGCUGGAGUUUCGAUAUCGGCAAAGAGACGCCGCCAGAGUCCUCCGGGGAGUCUCCAUGUCGAUUGCGCCCGGCUCAUUCGUCGCCUAUGUUGGGGCAUCUGGAUGUGGCAAGUCGACGCUCAUAUCGCUACUUGAGCGAUUCUACGACCCAACCAGCGGCCGGAUCUGUCUCGCACAUAAAGACAUUGCAACCAUGUCACCAAAACUGUAUCGUGGACACAUGAGUCUUGUACAGCAAGAACCGACUCUAUACCAAGGGUCUGUGAAGGAGAAUGUGUCGCUGGGGUUGGAAUAUGAGCCGUCGGACGAGGAGCUGAAGGAGGCAUGUCGCAAAGCGAAUGCGUUGGAUUUUGUGGUCUCGCUGCCUCAGGGAUUCGACACACCCUGUGGAUCGCGAGGGAUGCAGUUCUCCGGAGGGCAGAGACAGCGCAUUGCCAUUGCCAGGGCCUUGAUCCGCAAUCCACGGUUGCUGUUGCUUGACGAGGCGACUUCGGCUUUGGAUACGCAGUCGGAGCGACUGGUCCAACGUGCCUUGGACGAGGCCGCCCUAAGUCGGACCACCAUUGCGGUUGCCCAUCGCCUUUCGACAAUUCGACAUGCGGACGUAAUCUUUGUCUUUGCAAAUGGCAAGAUCGCUGAGAUGGGCACUCACGCGGAGCUGCAAAGGCUCAAAGGUCGUUACUAUGAGAUGUGCCUGGCACAGUCUUUGGAUCAGGCCUAAUUUCCUUGGAUCCUUGAUUGAAAACCGGCCAUUGUCUGUUGGGAUUGGUUUGUAGAGAACUCUGGUCAUAGAAUCUAGUUCAAUGUAUUUUUA